UAUUCAGUAAACCUAUUUACGAUGUAUUUUUCUUUAAACUACCAGAGGACGUUAAACCCGGCAAAUCUAAGAUUAUGACCAAAUAAAUCUAUUUGUGCGAAAGAAUGGAGGCUGUAAAAAAAGCGAAGGAGAGAUUGAGACAGUAUCCGAUUCUGUUAGUCCGAUGUCAGGAAUCGGCGUCGAGGUACGCGUCUUGCGUGUUAGCAAAAUCCAAUUUAGAAAAGAACGCCUGCGCCGCGGAGUUCAACGAAUUGAAAAAAUGUCUUGUUAAAGCCGCUGCGAGCAAUAAUACCAGAUUAUAAACGAGCUUGAAGAUUGA